GGAAACUGAGGAAAGAAGAAAAAAAGGCAAUAGAAACAUCUCGUACAACAUUCACGACCGAAUGCGGGAACACAUUAUGAUUCCGUCUGGGUAACUAUCUCUGGCUAUCCAAUCAUCUUUUAUGCAGGACAAAAAGGCUACUGUUUGAAAUGUUAAUCCACGACAGGGAAAAAGAAAAAAAGAGAAGUAAAAGUUUGUUUUUUUGUUCUUUUGACUUUUCUUUCUUUCUCUCAUAUUCUCCAGUUUAGAUGUUCUCUGUUUAAAAAUGACAAGAGCGUUUCCAGCCGCUCCAUCACGGUUGGACUGGCACCAUCUUCAAAUCCACUCCAUCGUCGCCACUUUCCGAUGCAAUUUAGACACUCUCAUUUCAAGUAUAAAAAGACCCUAGCCAAUUUGGAGAGAUUUUUGAACCUUCUUAUUUGGCGUUCGUGGAGUUUUAAUUAUAGAAGAAUUUCCCUCGACAUUUCCAGUAGUCGGAUGCACGUACGCAUUACAACAACUAACAGCACAUUCCGGUCGCUAUACAUUAAGAUACAAUACUCUAGACAAUAUCAAUUGAAAAAUUCAUUGGUCAUUGUCGGAAACCUGUCCCCAAGGAUUGAAACUGAAAAACGUUGAAAACUUCUAAGAAUUGAGAAAGUCCGCCGUCAUCGUCGAGUUUGUUUUUUAAGUUCUCCCAUGUCCCACCAUGACGCGCUUCUGCUGUAACCAUGGUGACAUCCGUCUGAGGAUUUAUUUAAUUGCUGGAGUUUUUUUUCGACGACCUACACGUCCUGUUUGCAUGACCUUCUUGGAUAAUUGUUAGCACGUACACCUUUACCUCUCUCCCUAUUUGAAUGCCGGUGAAUCAAAAUGCAAGGUCUUCAUCAGUUUUCAACGCCAUCUGACAAUUGGUGUCAGGUCCAUUUUGCCAACAGUGAAAUCAAAGUUGCAAGGGCCUCCAAACAAUACAUUUAUGAUGAUUUAGGAACUGAAUAUCUCGAUUGUGUUAGCAGUUCUGCUCAUGUCGGUCACUGCCAUCCACAUGUUGUUGCUGCAAGUCAAACUCAAAUGCAAAAGCUGUGGACCACUCAAGGAUUUCUAAAUGACACUUAUUCACUUUAUAUGAAAAAGCUGAUGGAUGUUCUUCCUGAGUCCCUCUCAGUUGUAUACCUCGUUAACUCAGGGUCUGAGGCUAACGAUCUCGCGUUGAGGCUUGGUCGUUUGUAUACUAAAAGAGACGAUGUAGCUAUCUUUGAGAGUAGCUACCAUGGAAAUAUAUCCAGCUUGGUGGAUGUAAGCAGCAAAUCAUUUAAGAGAUUGCCUCAAGGGAAGAAAGAAUUUGUUCACGUCAUUCCACUUCCGAAAUGUCAAAACAUCGAAGAUCAGACAGUCGAGAAUGAGCAAGCAAAUCAAGAAAAGUUUUGCGAAGAUGCCCAAAGGGUAAUUGAAAACGCUUCGAAAAAUGGACGAUCAAUUGGCAUCCUUUUGUCAGAAAUGGUCAUAUCAGCAGCUGGAUUGGUGAUACCACCUUUGGGCUACUUCAAAAACCUCUACCAGAUGAUUCGAAACCAAGGAGGUAUUUGCAUUGCAGAUGAAGUGCAGACAAGUUUAGGUCGCAUUGGAGGAGAUUUUUGGGCGUUCCAGUUGUAUGGUGUCGUGCCAGAUAUUCUCACUUUUGGAAAAUCCAUAGGAAAUGGUUUUCCCAUUGCUGCCGUUGUAACAUCGAGAGAGAUAGCAAGUUGUUUGCCAGAGUAUAUGAAUACGUAUGGGGGAAAUCCUUUGGCGUGCGCAAUUGGUAAAGCAGUCUUGGAAGUGAUUGUCAACGAAAAGUUAAUGUAUUCAGCCAAAAUGGUUGGAAAAUCCCUUUUGGAAGGACUGAGAGGAUUGAUGUCGAAGCACCCAAGUAUCGGAGAUGUUCGUGGAAUGGGUCUUUGCGUCGGUGUGGAGGUAGUUUGUGGACGUCCAGAUAUGAAGCCUGCGACGAUUCUAGCUAAUCGCAUUCUUUAUUUGUUGAAAGAAGAAAAGGUGAUUGUUGCUACCCAAGGUGAAGAACGUAAUGUAAUCGCCCUAACUCCACCACUAUGCUUUACGUUGGACAAUGCCCGGCGUGUCGUUGAAGCAUUCGAUAAGGCUUUCACGAAGGCCAACCAGAGUGAAGAGUCGGAACCAGUAAGGCCUAAUACGUCUUUUCUCGGACUGGAUAAUAUUCCGCUCAAUGUGAUGGGAGGUGACGAAGAAACAGAUACGUCUCCUGCUAAAAGACAGAGAACCUAUGAGGAAAUGGACUAAAGAUAUUAGUUAAUGCGACUUUUUUCUCGUCUGUUUUAUAUAUUUGUGGAAAAAUCCUCAUAGUUUUAUAAGUUUUUGUUACUGCUCUGUUAACGUUCUCUAAAUCCUGCGUUAAGUCCGUCAUAUUUCCAGCAUAUCCAAGAUUUCCCGACGGCGAUUUAGGGGGUGGUAUACAUACAGUUCUUAAAUUCCUGAGAUUCUGGUCAAAGUUGUUAUAAUUUCAAAAUCUCAUAACUAAGGUUAGGAGUUGUAUCUCAUUAUGUCUGGGUCAUAACUGGAUUAGUUUAAAUUUUGGAGAGGAAAUAUCAUUGUGGGAUGUUUGUUUUUACUUUGUUAUUGUAAACAUUGUGUAUUCACUUAUAAACUUUGGGACAAAUAUACGUUGUUAACCAAUCCUA